AUGUUGUCGACAGUCCCUCCCCAACCCCCAUCUGUAUCAGAGAAGCUGAGGGAGGACGAAUCCCAACUCACCGGCCGAAAUCCUCAGAAAGAUCCACGUACGGUUGAUGAGCUUAUCCGACAUCGUGCCUCCCUAGGUGUCUCGCAACCUAUUAUCUCCUAUCCAUCAAGUGGCAUUGAAUAUGUCGACUAUCCGCUACAGCAGUUGGAUAUUUUCGCCUUUCGGGUGGCCAAGUUGCUGGAAUCCCGAGUUCCGCCUCGGUCGUCGUCGAAAACUACUCCAGCAGUAAUGGCGAUGCUUGGUCCUUCUAAUCUCAACUACCUGGUGAUGCUCUUGGCACUGGCUAAGCUAGGCCAUACCGGACUUCUUCUCUCUACGAGAAUAUCUGUGGAAGCCUACGUCUCGUUGCUGGAAAGGACACAGUCGCGUCAUAUGUUCAUCCAUGCCUCGCUUAGGGACACGGCCAAAGAGAUCAAGAAGCGACUACCAGAUCUGCAUGUCGACGAGAUACCCACUGAGGAAGUCUACAAUUAUCCCAUUACGACCAAUGAAGUCGACACGAAUGUCACUCCCUGGCUUGACAUGGCUGCGGAAUCGAACCAUGUCGCCUGGAUCAUCCACUCGAGCGGAUCGACGGGUCUCCCAAAACCGAUUUUCCAUACUCAAACAGCAGCACUUAAGAACUACGCCUCGAACAUGAAUAUGUCCGGCUUCAUCACACUGCCACUGUAUCAUAACCAUGGGCUUAGCGUGCUCUUCCGCACCAUCCACUCAUGCAAGAGACUGUGGCUCUACAAUGCGGACCUCCCGCUGACAAGACAGUAUCUGCUGGAUAUUAUGCGCUCCCAUGACCUGGAGAUAUUCUACGGUGUUCCGUACGCGCUGAAGCUUCUCGCUGAAACCGAGGAAGGUAUAGCUGAGCUGGCCAAGCUUAAAGCUGUUAUGUUCGGUGGCUCCGCUUGUCCAGACUCGCUGGGGAACCUCCUUGUUUCUAAGGGAGUGCAUCUCGUCAGCCAUUAUGGAUCGACCGAGACCGGACAAUUGAUGACGUCCAUGCGGCCACGUGAAGAUAAAGAAUGGGAUUACGUGCGCCCAACUGAAGCUGUGAAGCCCUACCUCCGGUUUGAAGAAAGAUUUCCAGGGAUAUUCGAGAUCAUCUGUCUCGAUGGAUGGCCGUCAAAAGUUAUGUCUAACAGACCUGAUGGCUCUUACGCCAUGAAGGACCUCUUCAUAAAGCACCCAAACAUGGAGGCGUACAAGUAUUAUGCUCGACUUGACGACACCAUCGUCCUGGUGAACGGCGAGAAGGUGAACCCGUUGGACAUGGAAGGCAGAGUCAGACAACACAGCGAAGUGGCCGAAGCUAUUGUAUUUGGAGCUGGCAAGGCCUGCAUUGGUCUGGUGGUGAUUCGUGCUCCCGGCACUUCGUCUCUUUCUGACGACGCUAUCAUCGAUAUCAUCUGGCCCAGCAUCGAGAAGGCGCACGAGGCGAUGCCCGCGUUUGGUCAGCUCUCAAGGAGUAUGAUCAUCGUCCUACCUGAGAAUACCAAAUUCCCUCGCACCGACAAGGGCACCGUCAUCCGACAAGCUUUUUACAGGGAGUUUGCUGAUCUACUCGAGAGAGCCUAUGAGACAGAAGAUGCUAUGACCGGAUCGCAAGUGCUAUCAGAGGCAGAGCUGAGAGCAUUUAUUAGGAAACAACUCCUCCAGCUCUUACCUCUCAAGGAUAACGCUCGACUUACCGAUGACUCUGACUUCUUUUCCCUUGGAAUGGACUCGCUCCAAGCGACUCAACUGCGAUCGGUCAUUCUUAAGACGUUAAAUACCAAUGGACACAAGCUCGGACUGAAUAUCGCUUUUGACCAUCCUACGAUCAACUCUCUUGCGCGCUACCUUGACUCACUCAACUCCGGGUCUGUGAACGGUGUCGUGUCGGUGGAGGACCAAAUGAGCAGCUUAAUAGCGAGGUAUAGCCUGUUCGAGAGGCAUAAACCACGCCCGAAUGGCUUGGACGGGAGAUACAUACUGGUAACGGGUGCCACCGGGUCAUUGGGCGGCCACGUCGUUGCACAGCUUUCGGCCAUGGAUAUUGUCCAAAAGGUCUACUGUCCCAUACGUGCAGGUUCUCCCAUCGCGGCCUACGAACGCCUCGCCGCAUCCAUGCGCACCCGGCAAAUAUACGAGAAACUUCCCGACGCAGCCCGCAGCAAACUCGUCGCGCUCCCCUGUGAUCUGUCGGACCCUCAGCUGGGCUUCGAUUCAUUCACCUACAACACGAUCACCUCCGAGCUCACAGACGUAAUCCACUGUGCCUGGUCGGUUAACUUCAACAUGAGACUCAUGAGCUUUGAACACACCAACAUUGGGGGUCUCAAGAAUCUUAUCGACCUAUGUCUGAAGGCCCAAAGACCAGCACCGGCAUCCUUCAACUUCUGUUCAUCCGUCAGCACCGUGGUCAAUACGGAUGCCGACGUUGUUCCGGAGGCACUACCGAAGCUCAAUCACGCCCAGAACAUGGGGUACGCGCAAUCGAAGCUUGUAGCAGAGCACAUCUGCGUGAAGGCCGCUCAGGAUGCCCGUCUCCCUGCGCGCGUUCUUCGUAUCGGCCAGGUCAUCGGGGACCAGGAAAACGGCAUCUGGAACGCAACGGAGGCCAUCCCGCUGAUGUUGCAGAGCGCGAUUACGAUAGGCGCCCUACCGAAGCUCGAUGAAUCUCCCCUCUGGCUACCCGUGGACGUUGUCGCAGGCACCGUGAUCGACAUCUCCCUCUCCAGUGUUGGGGCUAGCCUGUCUUCUGUCACAGACUCCAAAGUUGUUUUCAACAUUGUGAGCCAGCAUUCCUUCCACUGGACUCGGGAUUUGCUUAGAUAUCUCCGCGCUGAGGGGCUCGAGUUUGAGGAGGUGGAGCAACAGGAAUGGGUCCGGCGGCUGAGGAUGUCGAAGCCCGACCUCGACGCCAAUCCGCCGUUCAAGUUACUCGAUUUCUUCGCUAGCAAAUACGACACGGAUCAGCCCCGGCGGUCAUUGCAGUGGCAUACCAAUAAUGCGAGAAGGGUGUCCCCUACUCUUGCUAAUGCAGGCCCUCUGACUCAGGAGCUCGUUGGGAAAAUGCUUCGCUAUUUCCGCAAUGAGGCUUGGCAGGCGAAAUCAUAG